AUGGGGAAGCGGACGAACUUCGAGGGUGACGCGGGAAGUGCGCAUGCGGCCAAACGCCAGAGAAUUGAAGGUAGCCAUGAGCGCAACUCUCCGCGACCAAACGGUGCGGGUGCGGAGGAGGUGCACUCUGCGCGCGACUUGCAGAAGGCCCUGUACUUCGACCAGAAUGCGACGGCCGACUUUCGCAACGGCUUAAGCUUAUUCAAGCGAUUCCUCGACUCGAUCCUCUACGCGACCGACGAGCAUGACGUGCCCCGCCGACGAGCCAUCCUGCACGAAUACCUCAACGCUCAGAAGGGCAAGAGUCAAGACGAGAAGCACGAAACGUUACUCCCAAACCUCAUACAAGCUUGGGACUGGGCGGCCGAGACCAACUUCGAGGCUAUUCUUGCCCAGGUCACCGCUGUCCUCGCACUUCUCUUCAAGGUCCUGUCCAGCCAUUCCGAGUUCACCGAAUACGGCACCCUACUCGCGAAGACAAUACUGCAGCCUUCAGUCGCUCGUCGUUUAGUCCGCAGUACCUCUGCUGCAUCGAACAAGGAGAAUGUUAUCUCACCGGCUCUCAGAUUGCUCACGGAGCUCACCAGGUUCAAUGAGGGCGCGCACGCAAGAGCCGUGUACUCGAAGAAAGAUUUCACACUAGAGCCAAGGAUUUUGGGGAGAAACAUUGCGCUAUGGAAGGAGCACAAGGGCAUGUCAGUUGCAGAUAUGCACAAGAAGCCGAGCGUCAGGACUACAGCGAUCCGCUACCUGCUCACGCAUCUGAGGCUACAGGAUGAACGCGCCAAAGUUGAGAUUCUCUCCAACACCAAUGUCACACGAGCCGCUUUCGACCACCUCAGUACCGAUCCGCCGUUCCUCAUUUUCGAAAUCUUCGACGUCUUCACAAGUCACGUGUUCCAGGACAAGACCAUCCCCCGUCAGACGAAGAGCCGUAUCUUGAACGGCAAGACACUUUCGCGCAUCGCCGGUCUCUUCAACUAUGAUCUGGAGGAGGGCUCGCUGUCUGAAGGACAAAAGGCGCCAGGAGAGCUGGCCCACGAGUUCUUAUGUAUGGUAUGCACAGAUCCUGCGUAUGGCGUUAUGCUGCCAACGAACGGCUUUUAUCCAUCGACACACGACGACGAAGAAGGCGACCUGGACGAGGCCGCAGAUAAUGCCAACGAUCUGGGACUUGAGUCGGCCGAAACCUUUGACAGAUUAGGCCGCGUACGGAACAUAAUCUUGUCAGAGUUCAUACAGAGUCAGCGCCCGUACGCGAACACAUCACAUCAGAAGCUUGUCAUCGAGAUCUUCAAGGCUUCGCCAGAAUUGGUCGCAGACUAUUUCAUCAAGCGAAGGGACUUCAACUAUGAUCCCAACCUUACCUCCACAUGGAUAGGAUACUCCGCCUUCUUGUUCCAAACCAUUCAACUUCCGGUCCCGAAUCAGCCACCUCCAGUAGCAGCUAUGAUCCAGAGCGUUCUGCCGCAGCCCCUGAACCAACAGGUGCUCACAAAGUGCCUGAACCACAGCUCGGAUUUGGUCCAGGUGUUUGCGAUUCGUGUGCUCGUUGUCGCGCUGCAGAAGCUGCGAAGCAUGGUACAAGAGUUGCAUGAGGCGAGCACUGUCAGGCCGUCGAAGCAGUGGGAACAAGCAUCGCAACGUCUUGUCGCUGAGUUCAGUCGCCGCUGCCCGACAACAAGGACUGUCUUUCUGGCGUUGAAGAAGCCUGGACUGCAAAGCUUGAAGCGGGAAUCAAUCACACGUCUACUAAGGCUGUACUACGAGGUCACACCUCAGGCUGCUCUGCAAGAGAAGUUCGACGUUUCGCUGCCAUUGUGCAACGCAUUAGUCGAGGUCGAAAAGCCUACAGGAUCACCAGAAGAUACAUCGUUCCGUGUCAUGGAACUCGAGCACUGGAUCCAGAUGGCACGACACUCGCCCGCGAUGCGCUGGUGGCAGAAGCCCAAGACUCUCCAACACUCGCCCUUUGUCACGCUGCUAAAGCUUCUCGUUACUUCGAAAGAGAAUGAGCUGUACACCGGUGUCAAAUCGUUGCUCAAUGCAGUCUUGCAGGAUCAGGAGAUGCUCCAAACAAAGACGUCACCUGACGCAUUGGACGCACUCAUUGCUAGUCUCGAGCCUUCUGCCGGCUCAGUGCCGUCAGUGGAAGUGCUUGACUUCCUCGACGACUGCUGUGCACGGUUCAUCAAGGUUCCGAUCAAGUACUUCGACGACCUAGAUACCAUGUGCGCGAAAGCGUCCUCAGCACCAGCAGAUGUUGGUCCCUUCAGUCCCCUCCUGAUGACACUGAUCGAGCAGUGGCCGUUCAAGGGCGGCGAGUCAGCGACAGGCCCAGCUGCUGAGGCUCUUGCCGGGUGGCUCUCAAAGCUCCUCUACCUCUUCAAUCUGAUUGGUGAGGACGAGACAGUAUUAACUCUAGUACGUGAUAGCUUGAUUGAGUCAGCCGGCAAAGCAUACAAGGAAGUGCUGAACGACGCUUUUCUGUGGAAGAUGUACAAGGCACGCGCGAAAGAAGCCCUCAAGCUUGCGACCGGCGCCGACUUCAGCGGGUCAGAACGGUCCAGUGCAUCGCCUGUCCCUCAGACAGAGGCUGAAGCACCAGCCAAGACCGGCCCGGUGGUCGACCUCGAACUCCCACCACAAGAAGACGAGAAGCACACGGGUCUAACUCGCUGGCGGAAGAAGGAAAUAGAAGAAGCCAUCGAGGACGGCGACAUCGGCGAGCUCCUCCUCUGUCUAUGCUCGAAACACCAGGAGAUUCGCAUACAAGCCAUCAACAACGUCCGCCAGCUGAUGGCAACUAUCGGCGCCGACUCCCUCACCCAAGAUCUCGGAGGCAUCUACCUCCUCCUCGGCGAAACCCUCGAAUCACUCGACCCCAGUGGCGCUACGCCCUUCCCCUACAUUGGCGGCGUCUUCGCAGCGCGCAGUGUGCGCAUCCUCGCCGACCCUACCCACGUCAUGUUCAGCAAGAUUAACAAGUUCCUCACCACCGCGCCAUCCUGGGAUGUCGACUUCCUCCUGAGGAAACUGUACCGCAGCAUUGUUGGCAGCGAGCCAGAUGACGACGGCACGUACCACAAGGAGGUCGACUGGUUCCUGGACUACCUCAUCGAUGGACUGCGCACACCGCGGGAUAUGGAGAGCUUUAGGAAGAGCAAUAUCUUCGAACAGUUGCUGUCGUUCUACGCGAGCAGAUCGUGUAGUGCGGCCAGCAAAGAGAAGAUCGUCAGGCUGUUGUUGAGGGCGACGGCGGUUGGGGGGAGUACCACGCUUAUUACGAGGUGCGGACUGGUUUCGUGGGUUCAGAUGUGCUUGAACAAUCACGACCCGAGGCAGAAGGCGCUGAGGGCGCUGGCGAAGAGGGUUUAUGAGACGUGUGAUCAGGGACGAGUUGCGGAGUGGAGUAAUGGGACUAUUGAAAAGGCUGCUGCGGGUUUGGUCAGAGUAGAAGCUUGAGCACAGGAUUUGCGGUGCUGGAGUUUGGACGGUGGAGCAUUGCAGGCGUAACGUUCGCAUUUUGCUAUGGUAUGGAAGCAUUAGCAGCAUGAACUGUAUACCUCGCAGGAUUCAGU